AUGAAAGGCCCCUACCCCGAGAUCCAGGGCGGCGGCUCUCUGAUUCUCGCAUGGCAGAUCCGCAAUAAGCGCGUCCUGGUCGUCGGCGGCGGCGAGGUCGCCGCUGGUCGCAUCGUCAACGUGCUCAAUGCCGACGCCAAAAUCACCCUCGUCUCCCCGCGCGACGGCCUCAACGAAGAAGUCGCCUACCGGAUAGAACAGGGCCAGGUCGACUACAUCGAUCGCAAGUUUGAGCCCCAAGACCUCGAUGGCGUCGACAUGGUCCUGACCGCCGUCGACGAUCCCGAGGCCUCGUCGCAGAUCUACAAGCUAUGCAAGGAGAGGCGGAUAGCAGCCAACAUCGCCGACGUCCCGCCCGAGUGCGACUUCUACUUUGGCAGCGUGCACCGCGAUGGGCCGCUCCAGAUCAUGGUCAGCACAAACGGCAAUGGCCCCAAGCUGGCCAACAUCGUCAGGAGGCAGAUAGCAGCUGGCCUACCAUACAACAUCGGCAACGCCGUCCAAAGAGUCGGCAUGCUGCGGAGGAAGCUGCGAAAGGUUGCGCCCAAUAUUGAGGAGGGUCCAAAGCGGAUGCAAUGGAUGUCCAAGGUGUGCGAACAAUACUCGCUCGACGACCUCUGCGCCAUGACCGAGGAGGACAUGGAGAUGCUCCUCGGUUUCUACAGACCCGGAACCGUGCCGACGCUCGAAGAAGUACGACUGCAGGAAGCUGACGGAGCGUACGACGGGCCUUUCUUGAUCUGA